AUGAUUUGUGAAAAUUCAAAAUUCGCUGAUAAUUUAAGCUUAGUGUGUCGUGUCAGAAUUGUUCGUGUGCCGCACAGAAAACUAGAUGCAGUUGAUCGAUAUAUAUUAUUAGAUCUUGAUCGAUUCGAACGUGUUUAUAAGCCUUCAGCCACUUUCGUGUUGAUUUCUGGUAAUAUUGAUUUUGUUGGUAAAUUGAGUGAUUUACGUCAUCAGGCUGGAUAUAAUGUUAUCGUUGUUCAUAAUUUACCUGCUAAAGCCGAAUUAAAAACAACGGUUAAUUUACAUUACGGAUGGUCAACGUUUACAAAGCCGCAUAUACAUCAAACAUUGCAAAACAGGCAACCAACUGCACCGAUUGAAUAUGAUUUGUCACAACUUCCAAGAUCGCAGAUAAAUCAAGAAUAUUUGAAUAACCCGUUUGCUUAUCCAUUCCCGGCAAAUAUAGUUGUACCACCUGUUCGUUCUAAUUCGGGACAAGGUGCUCGUAUGAUCUAA